AUGGCGAAAAACAAGGCUCCUAAGCCUCCCAAGUCUCGACCCGUCUCCACCUCGGAGCUCAACCAACCUUUGUUGCCAUCGUCCGGUUCGGUUACAGCGUCCACCGCUUCAUGCUCGUUCUCGCCCGCUCCUGACCACACGCUCUUUGCGCACAUCAGCAACCAGGUCCAUCAACAGCGUCUGCGCAUUUACAACGCUUCUGCUUCGGCAGCUUCGAGCUCUCAGCUCGUCACCGACUUUCUGCUGGCGUCGCUUGGUGGAGCUGAGUGUCUCUCGUCGCACUGGGUGCGAUUGUCGUCAAAGGCUACCAAGUCGACCAAGCGAAGAAAGCACGACACAGAGCCUAGUGAGGAUGUCAUCACUGACUCCAGCUCGUCGCAGCUCUUGCUGGCUCUCGGGUUGAGCUCCGGCCAGAUCCACCUGCUGAGCCCUGCCCUCGCUCAAUCUGUCGCCAUCCUCGACGCCUCCUCUGCUUUGGGCAGCAGCACAGCAUCUGCAGCAAACGCAGGCAUCGUAUCCAUGUCCUACUCCGAAUCCAGCAAGACGCUCUUUGCGUGCUCCAAGAACGGCUGGGUCUCUUCCUUCGCCCUGGCGGAUGUCAAGCUAGGCGACCAGCCAAGCCCGUUGCGCCCCUUCUCGUCCUUCCGACCCGACACGAAAUCGGCGGUUCAGCUGCUCUCUUCGCGUCGCGACCUUGUGCUCUCCGCGCACCACAGUAUCAGCUUGACAGAUGUUUCCCAGUCAGACAACGCUGUUCGUGUCACUUUCACUGGACACGCCUCACCCGUCACACACCUCGAAUGGCUUGACGACAACUCGUUUGUUUCUGCCGCCGAAGGCGACCGCAUGGUCAGCGCAUGGACGUACGACGCGAAAACAGGAAAGACGGUCGCAGGUCGUGCUUUCGCCACUGCUGCACUAGACGGUCCAGUCCGAGCGCUUUCGGUGAGCCCCACCUCUGCUCAACAAACGCGCACACUCAUCACCAUUGUCACCCAAACCGGAAGCGUACGCAUCUACGGUCUUCCAUCAGAGUCCAAGACAGAGACGUCGCCAACAAAGAAGAAGUCGGCUGCCUUGCCCUCGCUCGAGUUACUGUCGCAAUCGUCGGCAGAGAGCAAUGGAGCAUCGGUCGAGUGGAUCGAUGCAAGGCUCGUCUUGGACAAGCUCCGACUGGCCCGUCUCACGCGUGGUGCCAAGAUUUCGAUCGACGAGACCACCGUGCUCAGCGGUAAGGACGCACAAUUGCAAAAGACGCUGGCUCUGCCCACGGUUGGCGGCAAGACUGCCUCGUCUGCGGGAGGUCUUCUUGCUGUCGACAGUGAUGAGGCUCAGCUGACUGGCGGUGUUGCCGAGACGCAAAGGUACUCGGACGCUCCAUCGAGGCCCCAGGAGAUCGACGACGCCGUGCUCUCGGCAGGUCUCCAAGAUGCUGGACUCGCACCAGCUAGCUCGGCGCGCGCAGCUGACAAGGAACCCACGCUUGCUCAACGGUUGGAGGAGCUCGGCUUCGCCGAUCCUUCGUUGGCAGGUCAGGAGGCCGACGAAGACGACGCCGACGUGCCCACCAAGAAGCAACAGUCUUUGACCAACGAAGCCUCGCUUGCCUCGUCGCUAUCGCAAGCGCUGCACUCGGGAGACGCGAGUCUGCUGACGAGCUGUCUCAACCACAACGACGCCAUCCUCAUCCGAAACACGGUGCGCAAGAUCUCGGGCCCACUCGCUGUCAAGCUUCUCGAGGAGUGCGUCAACCGCCUCAACGGUGUGGGUGGACACCAUGUGAGCAAGGGCAGUAUGGGAAGUCAAAAGGCGCGCGGUUUGAUGGAGUGGGUGCGCGCUACGCUGCUCAACCACAUGGGCUACCUCAUGUCGCUUCCCAACCUGGUGAACCGUCUGUCGGGUCUGCACGCUACGCUCACCACGCGCCUCGCGACGCACGAGAGACUGCUGUCGCUCAACGGUCGACUGGAGCUUGUUCUGUCGCAGAUCGAGGCGCGAGCUGCUUACGCGUCGCAAGCCGGUAACAACGCCAUUCACGUUCAGGGUGUCAAGUUUGGCAAAAAGACGCAGGGCGAUUCUGGCUCGCAGGCGCCUAAAGCCGGAAAGGAGAGGAGGAAGGGCAAAAAGUGGGUGGAGGAGUCGGACGACUCGGAUUCGGACGAUAUGGAUGUUGUCGACGCUGAUGGCGUGCUCGUACGGAGCGAGGGUGACGAAGACGGUGAGGUGCAAGAUAUUGCACUCGGAGCCAACGACAGCGAUGACGACGAGGAGGAUGACAGCGACGACGACGGUCCCAUUCGUCGACGUCGACGAGUCAAGAACGGCCGCAUGUCGGACGGCAACACAUCUGCUGACUCAGACGGCGAUAAUGACGACGAGGACGACAUUGAGGACAUCGAGGAGGAUGAGGACGAGGAUGAAGAAGACGAGGAGGAGCUGCCAGACGAGAGCGAUAUCGAGGAAGAAGGUGCUAGCGACAUGGAAGACGACGAUGAAGAGGAAGAGUACGACGAGGAAGAUGCUGGCGGACCCAACGGCAUGUUCGACCUCGAAGCGGAAGAGGGGACCGACGAGGACGACGAGGACUAG